UACGGGAGAAGUAACACAAAUACGGUCGGAACGAUGGAAAACAAGGGUAGCCAGGUGCAGAACAUUGAGCGAGUGCAGGCUCUGGAAGCCUGGCUGGAAACAACCAACACCAAGCUGACCCAGGUUAACGGCCAGAGGAAGUACGGAGGACCACCUGAGGGGUGGGACGGUCCAACCCCAGCUGAGCGCUGUGAGGUCUUCAUCAGCCACAUCCCUCGGGACGCCUACGAAGACCUGCUCAUCCCCUUGUUCAGCUCUGUGGGGCCUCUCUGGGAGUUCCGCCUCAUGAUGAACUUUAGUGGCCAGAACCGGGGCUUUGCCUAUGCUAAAUAUGGCACACCGGCCUUCGCCACCGAGGCCGUCCUCAAGCUGAACGGCUACAUGCUGGAGCCCAAGUGCUACCUCUGUGUCCGCCGCAGCACAGAGAAGAGACACCUCUGUAUUGGAAAUCUGCCGGCUGCCACUAAACAAGAAGACCUGAAGCAGGUGCUGCGGCGGCUGGUGGACGGGGUGGAGAGGGUUUCUCUGAAGACCGGUCCUGGCAUACAGGGGGUCUCUGCUGUCGUUGCCUUCUCCUCCCAUCAUACCGCGUCGAUGGCCAAAAAGGAUCUAGUGGCAGAAUUCAAGAAGCGAUUUUCAUUGGAGAUUUCCAUCAAGUGGGAACCAGGAGAGAACCUGAGCCCCUUCCAGACAUGUUCUCCUCCAGCCCCAAAGAUUCUGCUGCAGCCGUGCUUCGUGCCCUGCAGCCAGGCCGUCUCUCACCCUUCAGCCCUGCCACAGCUCCAGCCUGCUGCUCCGCCCGUCUCUCCAGGGUUCUGCAGGGCGGUGGGGGAACCAGUCUCCCCCCCGCACCCACACGUGCGUUACCCCGUCCCGGCCUCCCACCACCCCCAGCAACACAUGGUCUGUGCGCCAUCCCCGAUGAUGCUCCUCCAUAAGGUUUGCGAGGCCAACGGGUUUGGUCAGCCAUUCUAUGAGCUAGACUACAGUUUGGCCAGACCAGAUGGCUUCGUCAAAUUUACCUACAAGGUUCUGAUCCCCGGCAUCAGCAGACCCUUCAGGGGGAAGGUCAUGGUGCUGCCGGGACCCAGUGUCAAAGUAAUGCUGGAGGAGGCUCAGCGGGCCGCCGCCCAGCAGCUGCUGCAGAAGAUGUUCCACAACCAGCAUGUGGCCUGAACACUCCACCGGCUUCCAGCGGCAACGUUCCUGUUUCACAUCUGUUUUACUGAACAAAAAAAAAGAUUUCAUUCUGUCAUUUCUUUUUCUUUUUUGCAUGUUUUUAAUAGUGUUGGUUAACUUGUGUGUCCAGUUUGAAUUUAAGAAGUUUGUU